CCAGCAAUUAAAAACUUAAGUUUACCAAUUAUUGGACAUAUAUAUUUAUUUAGCGAAUUACCAAAUCGUUCAGUAAAAGAAUUAUCUGAAAAGUAUGGUGGUAUAUUCUCGUUUUGGAUAGGUGAUAGAUACUCAAUCGUUGUUUCUGACCCAGAAUGGAUUAAUCAAAUUUGGUCAUCAAGUGAGCAUUUUGAUGUUUUUGUAAAUAGACCUCAUUUCAAGACAUUCGAAAUCUUUUCAGAGGGAUAUAGAAACCUUUCAUUUUCAAAUGAUGAAAUUUGGAAAAAUAUAAGAAAACUAGUUGCAGGAUCGUUCACUAAAACAAAGGUUAAAAACUAUGAAUCACUGGUGGAAUAUGAAACCAAUAUAUUUUUAAAUUCAAUUAAAGACCAUGUAGAUAACAAUAAACCUUUUUACCCAAAAUUACAUUGUCAUACAUACUCACUUAACAUAGUUUCAGAUGUUUCGUAUGGAAGAAAAAUUUGCGGAGAAGGUAUGAAUGAUAUGCAUAUCUUUGAAGAACCUAAAAAGAUUAUAUUUAAAAAAUUAGGUGCAAGUUUAGUCGAAGAUUCAAUGUUCUUUCAAAAAUUCUUUUAUCAUUGGACAAUGAAAGAGUAUGAGGAUAGUUUUAAAGCAAUUAGAGAAUAUUUAAAUGAAAUAUAUGAUCAACAUGUUCAACAAUUAGACCAAGAUAAUCCAAAAGAUAUUAUGGAUUUAUUAAUUAUUGGUACAAACUACAAUCAAGUUGAAGUAGUCUCAUCUAUGGUGGAUUUCUUAAUAGCUGGUUCUGAUACUGUUGGAGUAACUGUAGAGUGGUUUCUUUUGUUAAUGGCAAAUCAUAAAGAUAUUCAAGAAAAAGCAUAUAAGGAAAUUAUUGAUGAAUUUGGUAGAGAUUGUACAUUUAUACCUUAUUCUGAAAAAUUAAAAACUCCUUAUAUUAAUGCUUGCAUUCGUGAAGUAUCGAGGGUUAAACCAACAACUAGUUUAGGGUUACCAAGAACUACAUCAAAAGAUACUACAGUAAACAAUUAUUUCAUACCAAAAAAUACUCUUAUUAUUCAAAAUAUUUAUGGAAUGGGAACUUCAAAAAGAUAUUUAGAUGAUCCAGAUGUAUAUAGACCUGAAAGAUGGAUAGAGUAUAACAAAUUAAAAGAACUAAAAAUAAAAAUAAAUCAAAUGGAAGAUUCAAAGGAAAAGGAUUAUUUUGAACAAAAAAUUGAAAACAAAAAUAAAUUCUUUAAUGAUUUAGAAAGGAUCUCAAUUCCUUUUGGAUAUGGUCCCAGAGGUUGCGUGGGAAUGAAUCUUGGUGUUAUGGAACUUUAUGUAUUAUGUGCAAAUAUUUUAUUAAACUAUAUUAUAGAACCUUGGGAUGGAAAUCACAUCGAUGAAACUGAAGAUUUUGGUAUUACAAUUCACCCAAAACCACACAACUUAAAAUUGAUACCAAGGAAAUAA